UAUCCAUAUUGAAUUAGUUGACUUCCUAAUACUCUGUUUGUAGAAGAAGAAACUGAGGAGCUUAAGGGAAAGAAGAAAAGAUGGCCAUUGGAUACACGUCUUGGAGCGUCUUGCUUUAUCUACUUCUUGUGAUGAGUUCUCAUGGAAUUGGAGCCAUGAAGAUUAUUCCCAAAGAUGAUUUGGUCGAUGAUCUUCAUCACAAUGUGAUGAAUGCUUUAAAAUAUCCAAUGAUUGAGAACCAAGAUAAUCAUGCUCAUGCUCAUAACGAGAUACAUACAGAUCAUAUUCAUGAUCAUUCAUCAUCACACAUGGAUCACUUAGACCCUUCACUAAUUGUGUUCUUGUUUUUGGAAGACCUAAAGGUAGGAAAAAGAAUUCCCAUUUACUUCCCAAAGAGAGACCCUUCUUCCUCUCCUCAUUUCCUACCCAAAGAGGAAUCCGAUUCCAUUCCUUUCUCAUUAGAACAACUUCCAAAUCUUCUUCAAAUCUUUUCCUUCCCUCAAGGCUCUCCACAAGCCCAAGCCAUGGAAAGCACACUUAGACAAUGCGAGGUCAAACCUAUCAAAGGAGAGUCAAAAACAUGUGCCACAUCAUUAGAAUCCAUGCUUGAUUUCGUACGUGCCAUGCUUGGAUUAGAGAGCGAAUUCAAAGUUGUAUCAACUAUCCACUUCACAGAAUCAACCACCAUUCUUCAAAAUUACACCAUCCUAGAAGAUCCUCUAGAAAUUUCUGGUCCCAAGAUGGUGGCAUGUCAUACCAUGCCUUACCCAUAUGCGAUUUUCUAUUGUCAUUACCAAGAGAGCGAAAGCAAAGUCUUUAAGGUCUUUUUGGGGGGUGAAAAUGGAGACAAGCUUGAAGCGGUUGCUGUCACACCCCAAAUCCGGGUAUGACCGGCCGUGGCCCACAGGGACUUAGCCCAAGGCAUACGUAAGCCUAAAUAUGAACCCAAAACCAUAAAGAAGAAAUAUGAUGAUAGCCCA